UUUCCUACUUUUUUUUUUCUUUUAUAUACUUUUUUUUUUUCUUAUCUUUCUUAUUUUCAAAAAAAUACUUAUAUAAUGGCUGGUCGCGGUAAAGGUGGUAAAGGUUUGGGUAAAGGAGGUGCCAAGCGUCAUCGUAAGAUUCUUCGUGACAAUAUUCAAGGUAUUACUAAGCCUGCUAUUCGUCGUCUUGCUCGUCGUGGUGGUGUUAAGCGUAUCUCUGGUCUUAUCUAUGAAGAAACCCGUGGUGUUCUCAAGGUUUUCUUGGAAAAUGUCAUCCGUGAUGCUGUUACCUACACUGAACACGCCAAGAGAAAGACUGUUACCUCUUUGGAUGUUGUCUAUGCUUUGAAACGUCAAGGUCGUACUCUUUACGGUUUUGGAGGUUAAACUUAUUGCUAUUCGUCUUUUAUGCCCCCCUCCUUUUUUUUCUUUUCUUUACCUCAUUAUACUCCUUAUUUCCCUUUCAUCAUACUUUACAAUAUCAACACUUCCUCAUACUUUAGUUCUCUUAUUUAGCUUAUUUACUGGAUACAUUUUAUAUAUAUAUUUUUUUUUUAUCACAAAUCAAAUUAUCAAUGAUCUGUUAUCCAUUUAGUAUUCUCUAGCAUUUGUAUAUACGUUUAUUUGAAUAAAAAUAGUUACCUUUAUUUCAUUGAAAAAAA